AUGUCAGAUUCCAACACAACCGACUUCACCAACCCCUCCACCUUCAUCCUGAUGGGCAUCCCUGGCCUGGAGGCAGCCCAUGUCUGGAUCUCCAUCCCCUUCUGCACCAUGUAUGCCAUAGCCAUCUUGGGGAACUUUACCAUCCUGUUCAUCGUGAAGAUGGAACUGAGCCUCCAUCAGCCCAUGUACUAUUUCCUCUGCAUGCUGGCUGUCACCGACCUGGUCCUGUCCACGUCCAUCCUGCCCAGAAUGCUGACCAUCUUCUGGUUCAAUUCCCGGGAGAUCGAUUUCAGUGCCUGCCUCACUCAGCUGUACUUCCUUCACUGCUUCUCAGUGAUGGAGUCUGGGAUCUUUGUGGCCAUGGCACUUGAUCGCUACGUGGCCAUCUGCCAUCCCCUGAGACAUUCCACCAUCCUGACACACCCCAUGGUGGCCAAAAUUGGCCUGACCGUAGUGCUGCGCAGUGCCAUAUUCAUAUUGCCCUAUCCCGUCCUGUUGAGGCAGUGGCCAUAUUGCAGAACCAACAUCAUCCCCCAGCCGUACUGCGCACACAUAGCAGUGGCGAAUCUUGCCUGUGCUGACAUCCGUGUCAGUAGUUACUAUGGUCUCUUUGUGCAAUUCUGUGUCAUUGGUCUGGAUGUGAUUUUUAUUUUCAUAUCCUAUACCCUGCUGCUCAGGGCCAUUUUCUGCCUCCCCACAAAGGACGCCCGGCUCAAGACUUUUGGGACCUGCGGCUCCCACCUCUGUGCCAUCUUAGCCUUUUACACUCCAGGUCUCUUCUUCUCUCUCACUUACCGGUUUCAUCAGAAUGUGCCCCUGCAUUUCCAUGUUCUCAUUACCAACAUGUACCUCUUGAUGACCCCCAUGCUAAACCCCAUCAUCUAUGGGGUGAGGACCAAACAGAUCCGGGGCAGGCUGCUCCGGCUCUUUACUCAUAAAGGGACCUAA